AUGCAACAGACAGAGAUAGUAGGGAUCGAAAGCACCCACCCCUCUUCCAGGGGUGCGAGGCUGGGGUUGUACGACUCGUACGACUUUGGCGUGCUUGCCGUUGAUGUCGUCCUGGGCGACGGAACACGGUGGAUGCUGGAAUUCGCGGAGAGCCUUUACCUUGGCCGUCUGCUGUCGAUGCGGCCGCCCGUGGUCCUCUCUUUUGGCUCAGCGCAGGCGAUGCGGGAGCUCGAGAAAGUUGUUGUGCUCCUCCACGGCAAGGCCCCCAAGGCGUUCAGCGAUGCCAUGGACGAGCGCAGCAGGGGGGCGAAAACCGCCACGGUGAGGGUCCACGAAACGACCAACGCAGAGGCCGUUGGGAGGACAAUGCCGGCUGCCGCACCCACCGCGGAGGGGUUAGCCGGCGACAGGAGCGCCCUCGUGCGUGCCUACGUGCGUCAGAUGUCGGACAACCGGAAGCUCUUCAUGGACGUGCUUGAGCUCGCGGCACGCCUGGAGAUGGAGGAGGCAUUUCCACUUCUCUGUGAGGAAUUCAGUCGCAUUUUUGAGGAGGAGGUUAGAGGGAAGUUCUCCACUAGUCUCUCCUUGUUAGAGGAACUUGUGGAGACUGGACAGAUGGGGAUUGAGAAGUUUAGAAAGGCUGUCCUGCAGGCCUUUGCACUAGACGAUGCCUCCUCGGUUUCCUCAAGGGAGGAGCAAGGACAACAAAGGCCCUCCACCCGUGAUGCGGUGGCCCAGCAGUGGCUGAGGCGGUUGGGAGAGGACCAUUACUUCUUUCCGAAGGGACAGCUGAUUGGCGAACUCACACAGUCUCUAGACCCGGAGCUGCCCGUGAUGCACGAUGAAACACCCUUUGAGGACGAAUUUACCCCCAACUUUGAGAGGCAUCCAUUUCACAGCCCAGUGUGGGAGCCGGAGGAUGCCGCCAAGGCGUGUCCUGUGUGCGGGGUGACUUUUGCCCCAUGGUCCAUCUUUUCCUUCAAUACCGUUAGGCCAAGCCAUUGCCGCUGCUGUGGCCGGCGCAUCUGCUCUCGCUGCACCUCAUGGCAACUGGAUAAGUCAAUCGCGAAACUGAACAAGCCUGGCGUGGCAGAGGAGGGUCAGCUUCGACGCGCCUGUAAGGAGUGCUUUGACAAGGCGGAAAAACUGAACAAACACGCGUUUUUGUGUGAAAUAUUUGUUCUUGCGGGUCUGUCUUUGACCGAGAUCGCGCUCCUGCGUUCUAUAAAUCCACAGUGGAAGGGGGCCUCAGAGUUGUGUCUUAGCGACUAUAGGUCUUCGCUGUAUCAACACGCCUCGUGGAAGUUGGCAGUGGCGCCGCAGACCGCGCGCAUCCUGGCAAGCAGCGUUGACAUCUUGGUUGGUCAUCCUGAGCCGCUCAUCUUUCUUUUCAUCUCCAUGGAUUGGAGUAACCAGAAACUCGUCGCUGCGGCCUGCGCAACGCUCGAGAAGACGUUGAAGGAUGCGGAUCCGUGGGUGCGGUCGGGCUGCUCCCGCGCCUUUUGCUGGAGGCCAUCCGUUAGCCACUGGCACAUGCUGUGCACCAGGGCGUGUGGUCUGAUGCUUCCGUCGUUUUUUGCCAUCAAGAUGCUUGAGUGCCUCCACCGCGCGCCGGAGGGACACCCCACCGCGGAUCUGAUGCGCCUGAUGGUGACGAAGGAGCUUCUCUUAAAAAAACUAUCCUGUCUGGACAGGCGCGUCUGCGAGUGCGUGGUUGUGCUUCUGCUGGAUAUCUUUGAGCUGACGACGUGCCAGCCACAUGCCACGUCGGUGCUACUGCGCUUGUCUGCUCAGGACCGAAGUCUGGCGCUUAUGAUCUUCCAAGAGACCUUCGCCCGCUGCCGCUACGAUGAGUUGAGCUACCAGACCCUGCGGGAGCUUGUGAUUGAUGUGGAUCGCACGAGGCGGCCCGAAACGCAUCAAACGUUUCUUAAUACGCUGCAAUUUCUGGACGUGCUGCGGUCCCCGUGGACGGAGGGUGUCAAGCAAAACGACAUUGCCGGCACGCGCGAGUCGCUGUACAAGAGCCUCCGCAAGGCUGGGCUGUUGCUCGUGGCAAGGGAGGCACAGGAUGCGGCACUGGUGAACACCUACGCCAUCUGCCCGAUCCUCUUUCCCUUCGACACCAGGGUUGUGCUGACCAAAAUUGGCUUUGGCGGCAUUUUAGCAAUGAACUCGAAGCAGCGGCCUGUGCUGAUUCCUCUUAUCGACGAGGGAGGCGAGCAAAUUUGCAUUCUCUACAAGAAUGAAAACCUUGAAAAGGACAAGGUGAUGUGUAUCGCCUCGCGGUUUCUGCAGAGUGUGCUCUACAAACAACUAAGCCACGUUGUGCUUCCCACCUACCACGUCAUGCCCCUUUCAUCCUCCUCCGGAAUCAUUGAGAUUGUGAAGGACGGGCACACCGUUCAGCGUGUCAUCCAGCCGUACAAGGAGCACCGCCUGCUGCAAUAUCUGCUGCAGCUGGACCAAUACUACGGACAUCAGAAGGAGCAGCAAAAUCGGGAUCAGCAGCAGGGAGCGGGGGCGUUUGCGCAAGGGGAGGAAAGUGGCUCGGUAGUCAACGUCCACAAUAACUUCCUUUGCUCGGCAAAAUUUUUUAUUUUGAUGAAUUACAUUUUUGCCAUUGGGGAUCGGCACCGUGACAAUGUGAUGGUGCACCCAAGCGGUGCCAUCUUCCACAUCGACUUUGGAAUGCUGCUGAAUUCGCGCACGCUGGCGGAGCGGGUCACCACCAGCUACGUGCGAUUUGACCUCGACCUGGAGGAGUGUGUGCUGAAGUUCAUGCGCGACGACGAGAAGCGGUGGCAGGGCUCGUUAUUGCCCGGUUCCCCUCCGCCGCCUGAUCAAGGGCCGAUUGCAACUUCCCCGGCACACACCUCGGAAGAUUUUCUCUCCAGAUUUCUGAUGGAAACGGCUGACUGGUUUCUUGAGGUUCGGCCGUACGCGAGUAUUCUUUUUCAGCUCCUCUCCCACGUUCUCUUUCGGCAGGCGCUUGACGGUGUGCACUCAGUCGAGCAGCUCAUGGCGUUGAUGCAUACUAUAUUUAUGCGCGAUGCGGCGGAGGGGACCUGCAAGACGCUGUUUUGUGAUCGUGUCAGGCAGUCGCGGGGGCAAACGUGGCUGAAGGACCUCACCCAUGACACGCAGAAGCAAACGUGGAUCAUGGUGGCGCAGGGGCUGAAGUGGGUGCGGGAGAAGACCGGGCUCGACCGCUUUGAUGCCCCGCAUUGA